AUCGAAGCGAUACUGACACCGACCUUGGUAUCGGACCCGUCAACAUCGGUAUUGGUCUUCCCAGCGUGAAGGUGAAGUGUCUUUAAACGUGACUUCACUCUUUUCCACAGCCUCAAAAUGUCACCCGGUGGACUUUUAACCACCCGCGCUCAAACAUGCAAGCGUCUGAUUCAAAAGUACCUGGCAAGAACCUACACCUCCCGUCCUGCUCUCAAUGAAGUGGUCAUUGUCAGUGCAGUGCGUACUCCAAUGGGAUCCUUCAAGGGCACCCUGGCAGCGGUUCCAGCUACCAAACUGGGCUCUAUUGCCAUAAAGGGAGCCAUAGAUAAAGCAGGAAUAAAGCCUGAAGAUGUGGAUGAGGUCUACAUGGGCAAUGUACUCCAAGCAGGAGAAGGACAGGCCCCCACCAGACAAGCCUUGCUUGGGGCAGGUUUGACACUUGGCACGCCAGCAACGACCAUCAACAAAGUGUGUGCCUCUGGGAUGAAGUCCAUCAUGAUGUCAGCACAGAGUCUAAUGUGCGGACACCAGGAUGUGAUGGUGGCAGGAGGUAUGGAGAGCAUGUCCAACGUACCCUACGUGAUGGCCAGAGAAACACCAGCCUAUGGCGGCGUGAGGAUGGAAGACCUCAUUGUGAAGGAUGGACUCACUGAUGUCUACAAUAAAUUCCACAUGGGCAACUGUGCAGAGAACACGGCUAAGAACAGUAGCAUCUCCAGGGAUGAGCAGGACAAGUAUGCUAUCGGCUCCUAUACUCGCAGCAAGAUGGCAUACGAGUCCGGUGUGUUGGCCAAGGAGAUUGUACCUGUUAGCAUCCCUCAGAGAGGAAAACCUGAUGUGGUUGUAUCCGAGGACGAGGAGUGGAGGCGGGUGGAUUUCAGCAAAGUCCCCAAACUUAAGGCAGUAUUCCAGAAAGAAAACGGCACAGUUACCGCAGCCAAUGCCAGCACUCUGAAUGACGGGGCGGCUGCCCUUGUUUUAAUGACAGCAGAUGCUGCAAAAAGACUCAAUGUCACUCCCCUGGCCAGGAUUGUAUCUUUUGCUGAUGCUGCUGUUGCACCCAUUGAUUUCCCCAUUGCUCCUGCAUUUGCUGUACCCAAAGCGCUGGAUGCAGCCGGGCUCACCAAAGAUGAUAUCGCCAUGUGGGAGAUCAAUGAGGCCUUCAGUGUUGUCGUUCUGGCCAACAUUAAAAUGCUGGACAUUGAUCCGGAAAAAGUCAAUGUCAACGGGGGAGCUGUGUCGCUGGGACAUCCCAUCGGAAUGUCUGGUGCAAGAAUCGUGGGUCACAUGGUGCACAACCUCAAGUCCGGCCAGUACGGUCUGGCAGGUAUCUGCAAUGGAGGCGGUGGAGCCUCUUCUAUUAUUAUUCAGAAAUUGUAGAAUGUUAAAUGAAAACAUUAGUUUCUUGUGGAACGUGUGCUGAGGGCCGGUAGACUCCCAAUUCUUUGAUAAGAUCCAUUUUUUAUUAUCAAGAUUCCAGUGCUGGUGGCCUUAUUCAUACAGCAACAAGGACUUGACUCUGAAAACAUUCAUGUCACACUCCUCUGUUUGAGUUCAUAUUUAACUCUGAAUUGAAU